AUGGCCCAACAGAUUCAACCGCCAAGCGGCAGCGUCCGACAAGAGGAGCUGCACUCGAAAAUUAGCAGCUUGCUCUCUGCUGCUGACGGCACGUCUCCCAAAUCUGCGUUCCUGCACGAUGUCUGGCCAAGGUUGGAGGAAGAAUACGAUCUCAUGGUGCGCAGCCUCAUCGCCCACUGCGAAAAUCUAGUUAGAGAGAGGAAUAUAUCGGCCAAAGUGGAUGGCAGAGUCAAGACCACGCAGUCGAUUGACAAGACUCUCGACCGCCGGCUGCAGUACCGCAUUGCGAACUAUCUGGGCGCGUACAAGAGCGUCGAGGAAAUGUUCUACGAUAUGUAUGACCUAGCAGGCAUUCGUAUCGUGGUUGACUAUCCCUCGCAACUGGAGCCGGCAAACCAACUAAUAGAAGAAUCAUUCCGGCAAGCCAAGAGCCCAAAUAUCUUCACCAGGGAACGGCCCGUCGGAAAGGAGUGGGAUGCCUGGUUUGGGGCAUAUCAGAGCUACAAUUACCACGUCUCCGUCAAAAAUGGAACCCAGGGCACCCUUGGGGCUUACCUCAAUGUUAGCUUAUACAACAGGCUGGCACAUCCCCUGCUUUAUAAACAGCAAGCGGGUGACAUAUCUCGGCGGGAUGAAAUGGUUAUUGACCUUUCCCACGGCCUGUCGCUAUGUUAUUCAAUCUGUCUAUUAUAUGCCCAAGACAAGCUGGGAAAUAAUGAACGACCUGACCAGAGCCUUAUCAGUGCAAUGAGGUGCGCGGCGAAUGAUGGCGAUGAUGGCAUAUUGGAGAAUAUGAGCCUAUUGCUUAGCAUGAUGCCCGACAAGGUGAAGGCCUAA